AAACUGCUCUUCCAUCCAGCUUCCUCACAAGCGCACGACGACAGCAGAGACGAGCCAGUCUGAGACGACGGACCUAGAGCCGUCACUCGGAUACUGUAGGUGUUAGAGACCUAGAGCCAUCACUCUGAUACUGUAGGUGUUAGGGGUUUGUAGGGUCAGUGUUUUGGUGCAGUCAGGGAGCCCUGGAAGGAGAGCCAACAUGGCGGAGGACAUCUACGCUAAUGCAGACAUGACCCAGAAGGUGAAGUUGGAUGAUAUUUAUGCUAAACCAGACAUGACACAGAAGGUGAAGUUGGAGGACAUCUACGCUACACCAGACAUGACCCAGAAGGUGAAGUCUGACGGGGGGGAGAUGGAGGAGAGGAUGGUGGACAUCUACGUUAGUGCUGACACCCUCAGAAGUCACGACCCCUGCUCAGAGGCUGACGACCCUACACCAGAGAACCCUGCAGGAGAUCAGCUCUCAGGUGCUGGGGGUCCAGAGAGGAGUCUCUCCAGAGCUGCAGCAGUGUGUCUGGGGCUGCUGUGUGCUCUCCUACUGGCUGGGGUCGCAGCACUGGGAGUCAUCUAUCUAAUGACAGUGACUGUGGAGAGACACCAGCUCCAGACCAAGUAUGAUAUCCUGACCAGAGAGAGAGACCAGCUGAACACCAGCAACAUCAUCCUGACCAGAGAGAGAGACCAGCUGAACACCAGUUACAUCAACUUGACCAUAGAGAUAGGCCAGCUGAACACCAACAACACCAACCUGACCAGAGAGAGAGCCCAGUUACAGACCAGUAACACCAACCUGACCAGAGAGAGAGAUGACCUUAAGAGGAGGCUGUGCGAGGAUCUAGAUGGAUGGAGGAGGUUUGGCUACAGCUGUUACUACAUCUCUACUGAGAAGAAAAACUGGGCUGGCAGCAGACAGGACUGUAGAGACAGAGGAGCAGACCUGGUGAUCAUAAACAGCCCAAAGGAACAGGAAUUCCUCAAUAACCUCCACAAGAAAGUGUGGAUCGGUCUGAAUGACACAGUAACAGAAGGGAACUUUGCCUGGGUGGACGGAACUCCACUGACCACACCCAAGUACUGGUGGGACUCUCAGCCUGAUAAUCACCCUAACACACCAGGCAAUGAUGGUGAGGACUGUGCUGAGAUACACUACUCACCUUCUGACGUUCCCCCUCCUUUAACAUGGAAUGAUAACAGAUGUGAUGAUAAUAAUUACUGGGUCUGUGAGAGAGGGAUCUAACAGAUAUACUCUGGGGUUUCUACACAUUUAAUCUUCUAGCAUUUACUUUCCCAGCUAUUGUCUUGUCAAUAAUACCUGUCAUAGCUCAAUGACGGAAAGAACUGUGAUGAUGAGUUUUCACUUCCUAUGGCUAACAUGAAGUACAUGAAGUAAGGCUGAGUAACAUAGACUCAAAUAUUGUAUUACUGUUUAGUUGUAUUUACCACUCUGCUUGAUUUUCCUACUUAGAAAAUAUGUCAUUUCUUAAAUAAAACAGUCCUUUGGU